AUAGUAACUAAUUAGAUUAUCAUAGUAACUAGUACAUCAUGCAAAAGCGCAGAUUCCAACCAUUGAAAUACUUUGUAUAGUUCAAGACUUACGGUCAUUUAAAAACAUCACUGCACAUCAAAAUGGAAGCUACAGUUUCCAUCUUAAAGGUCUAAAAAAAUUGUUUGGGACUGUCCGGUGGGCCAGAUUGAAAAGCUUAACGGGCUGCAUGUGGCCCCCGGGCCUUAAUUUGUCCAGGUCUGCUGUAGACUGUUGAGCAAAAAAAUCAGUAGGUUUUGCUCUUUUAAUUCACCUGCCCCAAAAAUUGUAAUAUGUAAAAAUAUUAUUGUAGGAAAAAAGUAAACAUUUUGCGUAGCUCUGAUUUAUACUGCAUACUUAAAAUAAACAAGCAGCAUUUAUAGAAUUGUUUAGGGGGGAAAAGAUGCAGCUUUAAAAAAAUACAGAAACUAAGGCCGAGGGGCGGGGCCAAGCUUCAAAUGUCGGAGGUUCGAACGAAAUGUGUUAUUAAAAUCGAGUUUUGAGUCAAACUAUUCUCAACAAAUUGAAAUAAAAUAAUUAUUUAGCAGUAAAAAAAAAAAAAAAAUUUACCAAAAAAAUAUUUAAAAAGAAAAACACGCGUCAUUAAUGAGGGCGGGGCUAAACCUGGGGUCGGAAGUAAGCGCAAACUGCCAUCCUCGCGACAAUGUACUACUACAAAGAAGCAGUAGUAUUAAUUAAAAGUAUAUUACUAAAAUAUAUUUCAGGGAAAUGUGUGUGCUCGCGUCACAAAGAGGUGGAAAGUGAACGUAAUGGGACCCCCGCCGUCGUGGUUGUGCCUUCAGCUCUUCUCGCGUGUCGUCGACGCGUCACGUUGCACAACAGCGCCGCCCUCUCUCGCGACGGCCGCUGUCGUCCACUACACCUGCCCGGUGAAAACGGCUCCGGCGGUGACAGCGCGGAGGAGCGUCUCCCGUCAGUCCUCUAGGGCGCCCAUCCCGAGCAACCGAUGCCGAAUGGCCCUCCCCUCCGCACACGGCCAUGUAAGCGAGGAUGCGACUGCCUAGCUCCAUCUUUGUGUCGGUGUCUCUGUUCACGGCCGAAGCCACUGCGGCGAUCUACCUGAGCUCGACGUACAGUUCGGCCGGAGACAGGUUUUGGCUCAAUCUCACCCUGCUCUUUACGCUGCUGCCGUCCCUGCUGGUGCAGCUGACCCUCAUCUUCAUCCACCGGGACCUGAGCCGGGACAAGCCGCUCCUCCUGCUGCUGCACAUCCUGCAGCUCGGACCCAUCAUCAGGUGUCUGGAGGCGUUCUGGCUCUACGGCAGCGUGGGCCGCGUGGAGGAUACUUAUGUCAGCAUCACCAGGAAGAAACAGCUGCACCGCACAGGCUCCAUGGAGGAGGUGGAGCACCAGGUGGGGCAGGCCGAAGGCAAGCUGAUCACGCACCGGGCGGCGUUCGCGCGCACCUCCGUCAUCCAGGCCUUCCUGGGCUCCGCCCCCCAGCUCAGCCUGCAGCUCUACAUCUGCGUGAUGGAGCGAGGCCUGUCUGUGGGACGAGUCACUCUGAUGUUAAUCUCGUUGCUCUCCAUCGUGUACGGAGCGAUGCGCUGCAACAUCCUGGCCAUCAAAAUCAAGUACGACGACUACGACGUGCAAAUGCAGCCCAUGGCCUACGUGUGCAUCUUCUUGUGGCGCGGCUGCGAGAUCGCCACCCGCGUGAUGGUGCUGGUCCUCUUCAGCUCCGUGCUGAAGAAGUGGGUGCUGCCCGUGAUCGCCAUCAACUUCUUAGUCUUCUUCUUCUACCCGUGGCUCCUCUUCUGGAAGAGCCACUCGCCCUUCCCGGAGAACAUCGAGAAGACGUUGUCGCGGCUGGGCACCGCCAUCACGCUGUGCAUGCUCACCUUCCUGUAUGCCGGCAUCAACAUGUUCUGCUGGUCGGGCGUGCAGGUGAAGCUGGACGACCCGGACCUGAUCAGCAAGUCCCAGAACUGGUACCGCAUGGCCGUGUUUUACAUGGCGCGCUUCAUCGAGAACGCCUCCAUGCUGCUGCUGUGGUACAUCUACAGGACGGACUUCUACCACAUCCUCUGGGUGCCGCUGCUGAUGCCCCUGCUGCUGGCGGCCUACAUCGCCGCCAUUUUCUUCAUGCUGAUCUUCUACCAGUUCUUCCACCCGUGUCGGAGGCUCUUCAGCACCAGCAUCAGUCACGACCUCAGGGACUGCUGCGCUUUUUUCUGCCUGACGUGCAGGUCUCCGGAGGAAGGCGACAAGCCUCGCAAAGCGCCUGUGGCCGCCGACGUACGCUGCGACAUUCCCGACGCGGCGAACGGCAACGUCAGCUGCACUUUGGCGCCGUAAAAGUGCCACGCUGGUUCCUCACUAUGUUUACAUCCGACCUUUUUUUUAUCAGCCUCAAUACAAACAUGCACCAAACCCUGCAUCACCUCUCCUGUGUGUGACAACAAGAGAUCUGAUGCCUGAUUGUACUGUUACGAGGGACAAAAGAUGUGAGUAUUGUUUUUUUUUAUAUAUUUGUGAGGCCAUGAGUCACAGACUCUCAUAAUUGCUCAUUCUAGAGCAUCAAACUUUUCAAAACUUUUUAUGUGCACAGGGAACUGAAAAUGGCCUCCCCUCAACUAUUUUUCUGCAUGCGUCACCAUUCUGUAUUAAUGACAUUAAUGCAAAAUAAUGGAAGAUAUUUUUUUUCCCAACUUUCCCAAACAAAGUUUCAAUCAUAACCCCCUUGUUGAUACUACCUAGAAAAGCCAACAUUUAAAAAAUAUGUAUCCGUAUUUGAGAAUAUGCGUGAACAGUACCAGUGCACAAUGUGGAUGCUGAAUUCGAUUUUCCAAUGUUCAGAAUCAGAAAUACAUUAUUAAUCCCCGGGGGGAAAUUAAGGUUUUCAGCACAAUCCCAUUCAAGAAAAAAUAUUUAUGCCUUUUUCCCACUAUUCUGUAAAGACAGCCCUAACAUAAAACGUGCAAAUGUUCUCACAAAGUUUGAACUAUAAACCACAUUAACACGGCAUAUAAAAGGUCGCAUGUUUUCACUAUUUUGUGUAAAAACACGGAAUUGCACCUGCUAGUGUUCCCCAAACUGUUCCCUCUAAAUAUGAAUUCAAAGUUACUUUAAUUCUGCCUGUAAAAAAGGAUAUUUUUUUCUUUGUAAAAGACAAAGGAAGAUAAAAUGCCAGAUCUUCUGUUGCACCUCCUGAUUUUCCAGGAAGUAUUUUAAAAAUGAGUCUAAGUUCUGGUUAAUGGAUGAAGAGACCUGUCCCAAUACUUAUGCUCAUAUCUAGCAUGCAGAUUUGCGUGCAUGAAGCCUCCUCCUUUCUACCUUUUAUCGCUUUUAUGGCUGCAGGCAACCAACGAUGAAAGCUUUAUAAAUACUUGUUAUGAGUUCUGAAAAAUCAACAAAAUCCUGUAUAAAGUGCUCGUAUUUUUGGCACCAACUACUCCCAAGCAGGAAUUGAGACUGAACAUGCUUUGUUUGCACAUUUACACAUUAAGUUUGCCAGCUUUUUAUGUCAGUUUGUAUGAAAAGAAAUUACCUUUGUACUGAGAUGUAUUUUUGAUUUGUUUCUGCAUUUUUGUUUUUAUUGCAGUUUUUUUGCAAACUACCGGUACUAGAUGAAAU